AUGGAGAUGGACGUUGACCAGAUGGCCUUGGCGAACUGUGGGGCUGCCAUGCCUGCACCGGCCCCUGUGCAGCCUGCAGUGGUUGGUGGCGUCAUGCCUUCGGUUGCAGUGCAACACAUGCAGGCUGCACCUGUGAUGGCAGCACCUGCCCAACCUGUGGCAUUCAUGCCACCACUUGAACCUCAUCGACCUGGAGUACCCAUGCAACCUGUGGUGCCGCCAGUGGAGCUUGCCCAGCCUGUAGUUAUGCAGCCUAGCCAACCACCAGUGCCAGUGCCUGCCCAGCCUGUAGUGCCCAUGGAGCCUAGCCUGCAACCAGUGCCGCCAGUGUCAGAGCCUGGUCAGCCUGUAGUGCCCAUGCAGCCUAGCUUGCCUGCCCAGCCUGCCCAACCUGUGGCACCGCCAGUGUUACAGCCUGCCCAGCCUAUAGUGCCCAUGCAGCUUAGCCUGCCUUCACAGCCUAUCCAACCUGUGGCACCGCCAGUGUUAGAGCCUGCCCAGCCUGUAGUGCCCAUGCAGCCUAGCCUGCCUGCCCAGCCUGUCCAACCUGUGGCACCGCCAGUGUCCCAGCCUGCAGUACCGAAGCAGCCUAGCCAACCUGUGGUGCCGCCACAGCCUGUCCUACCCAAGCAGACAGCGCAACCUGUGGUGCUGCCACAGCAGACCUCUCAACCUGUGGUACCCAAGCAGCCAACCCAGCCUGUGGUUUCUCCUGUGAUGCCAAAGCAGCCUGCAGUGGCACCCCCUCAGCAGUUCCAGGCAGCACCCGGAGAUAUGGUUUCUGGACAUAUAGACGCUGCUUUGGUGCACAUGCCCCCACCGGCCGAAGCCGAGAAGCCCAAAAGUGACCUUGAGAUCGAGUUGGCAGCAAUGGGAUGGAACGCAAUGAAGUCAUGUCGACCUCAAGCUAGUCCUCAGGGCACACUUCCAAGCAAUGCUUCAGGGUCAGACAAGCCUGCAGAUGCAUUGGUACGGAAGAAAAGUCAGGUGUUUCCUGGAGAGGAUGGGCCACCUGUGCCUGCAGCUUCUGUUGGAGCCGCAGCCCUUCAUGAACCUGUGCCUGCAGCUUCUGUUGGAGCCGUUCAGCCUGUGCAGCCUGCACCUUCUGUUGGAGCCGCAGCUCCUGAAGGCAAGCUUCAGCUAGCCAUGGCACCUGCAAAGGUCCAGCAAUUUCCCGCACCCCAAGCUGCUGGAAGGGUUCAAACCGCCCAGCCCGACGGAGAGUAUACCCGCCGAGCAGCGGCGAAUUUGAUCCAGAGGCUGAAAAAAAACCCUGGGAGAUUGACGACUAUGCCAUCGCUCCAUCAGAUGGUUUUUGACGAAGAGAAGAAGAACGAGCUGAUCACCAUGAUUUGCGAGAAUGGUGGCAAGUUGGAGCAGGUGCAAUGUCAUUUGCAGCAGAUGGAGGAACGUGGUAGAGUGUUUUCUGCCAGGAAGAAAGCCUUGCGCUGGACGAAGAAGCAGAUGCAGGACGCAUAUGGAGAAGAUGCUGACAAGGUGAUGAAGCACAAGGAGUCGAUGGGCAUGGUGGAAGAGGACGAGAAUUGCCCCGAUGGCAUUGUCUAUUUAGUGGCGCAAAGGGAGGACGAAGAGGACAACUUCAGUAGAUCAGGAACUGCGGUCACCACCAGCAGGGUCCAGGUGAAUGCAAGCAAUGCUGCGGACGUUGCAGAGAUCAUGAUGGGCCCACCAAAGUCAAGCGGCAAGAGACCGUCUUCUUCAGAUGCGGGCUCAGUGCAAUCAAGCCCAACGACUCCAGCGUCCGCUCCGGGCACUCCGCUACCAGACCAGGCUCCCGCAAAAAGAGCUAAGGUGAAGAAGGCGACUGAACAGACCGUUCUCACCCCCUUGCAAAAGGCCAAGGACAUGUGCACCAAGCUUUUGAAGAAGAAGAGCGACGCAAGCAACUUGGGGUUGACUUUGCAGUCAGUUGCUUACGCGGACGCUUUGAGCGCAGAGAUGACCCAAUUUGCCAAAAAGUUUGAGGAGCUCUAUUUGAAGAUCCAAGCCAUGAUCAAUGACCAGAAGAAUGAGGAGCACUAUAUGCAUGAGGAUGAAUACAUCCCGUUGGUGAAGGAGUUCAUCGCGCUGCAGAAGCAAUUUGAAAAGCCGCAUGCAGGCUAUGGCUUCUUCUUGAAUGUGGAUGAUGUUGAUAGCGCUUUGAUCUGCAGAAUGGCAGAGCGAGUGGGUGCUAAGCAGAUGAUGGGCUCGCGAGAGCGCGAUUUUUUUCGUUGGAUGAGGGUGCCGCUGACCAUCUACAAAACACAAGUCCCGGUCAAGACAGUAAUGGCUCAAUGCUUGGGGUCGCCAGCAGACUUCGGCAAGAUGUGGCGUGCAUCUGGUUGUGACGAGCUGGCAUCAACACACGUAGCACAGCCACAGUUUGGAGCUGGAGCACUGGCUGUCUGCGGGGUUCCGAGAUUUGAGAAGAAACGCCGAUUGCUUGAUCUCCUUCACAUAGUGCAUCUGGGGACUUUGCGUGAUCUCAUACCUGCAGCUAUUAUAAGUUCUCUGGAAGAUGGCAGUCUUCCAUCUUUUUUCGGUUUGACUGGCAAGCCUUGGGAUGAAGUUUUGCAUGCGUUCAGCCAUCUUGCAGCUGCAUGGGCCAAAGAUCAAGACAUGCAGCUUGGUAUCGGCACACUUUCAAUGGCAAGGCUUGGCCGGCCGAAGUACCGCCAUUGGCCGAUGCCUGCCUUGGAUACACGAAUCAAAGCCGCCAAGACAAGAACACUUUUCGCGUUUACAACUUGGAUGAUGGUGAGGCUUGCUGAUUCAGAUGCCCUGGACACCAAUGCCAAGAAGAUGCAUGCUAAGAUGCGUGCAGUGUGCUGUUGGUCUUUGGAUGUGCCCCUCAGCACAUGGAAUGUGAAUGGCAAAGUUGUCAUGUUGAGGGCUACAGUUAGAGAGGUCACGUGGCUUUGCAGGCUGCACUCUGCAUCCUAUCAAUGGCUGUCUGCACGCUGUUUGGCUGAGCAGCGGCUCCUUUACAAAUGCAGACCCAAGACGCAUUAUUUUGUGCAUAUGGUUGAUCAUUUUGAAGAGACUCAAAUUUGCUUGAUGCAUGCAUCGACAUUUGGAGAUGAGGAUUACAUGGGGAAAAUCCGCUGCAUAUGCCAAGGAUGCCAUGGGGCCACGUACAUGCUAACCUGGGCCCGGAGAUAUGCUUUGAAGCGAGCAUUGCAGUGGAGGGAGAUGAAGCUAAGUCCCUUCGAAAAGUCUUGA